AUGUCACUCCUCACUAAUGGUGGCAGAAUCGUGCCCAUACUUACGGGCUCUGAUUCUCACGAUCCUACCCUCGAGAUGCCUCCGUCGUUAGACGCAUCUCUUCCUUCAAUUCCUCUCUCUCCAAUCUCUUCCCAACCGACUAUUCCUUGCCUGUUGCAGGAUCAACAGGCUAGCAAACAAACCAAGCCCGGGCACCACGCGAGCUUGGAGAUGGCCUCUCUUCAAGAGAGAGGCCUUUAUGCACUACCCACCGAGGGAGACGGUAAUUGUCUCUAUUACUCCCUCUCCGACCAACUGUAUGGCGACACCCACCAUGCAGACGAAAUACGCCAGCUUCUAGCCAACCACAUGGCUUCCAAUAAAGAUUACUUUAUGCAAUUCGUCGUUGCUGAAGGUGGGGAGCGCCGCCGGCCUAAACGUGCGGCUGCAUCUGCGUAUGCUACUCGCUCUGCCGAUGUCUCCGCUCCGUCCCAGGAGGACAUGGAACGGCGGUUCCAGGAAAUGAUUGCCACCACCCGCAAGAAUGGGGAAUGGGGAAGUUCCGAGCAUCUCCAGGCUUUCUGUCAGGCUUUCAAGGUCGACUUGAAUGUAUAUACCAUGGAUGGUGUUUCGGUGUUCCAGGAUGUCAAUGCUCUCCCAACGCAACCCCGGGAUGUUCUGCACGUAGCCUUCCAUGACUUCAAACACUACUCUUCAGUGCGGGGUAUCGAGGGCAAGCAUGAAGGACUGCUUGCCAGGCUAAAGCCUUUCCAACCUCUCAAGGAGGGUAUUAAGCCCGAGGUCAUUCCAGACUCCAAAUCCAACAUAAGAUGCCGUGGCGACAUUGACCGCGCCUUCGCGGCGCUCUUAGACGAGAAGACCGACAUCCCAUUCGAUAAGAAAGCUGCCCCCGGCAUUCCCAUAAAACCAAGCCUGCAGGCUUCGCGCUCUUCUUCUCCAUUUAGUACCGGUAGCAAGCGGUCCGCGGAGGAUAGCGACGAUUCCGAAGAUCCUCGUCCCGCACGGCGAACCCGACCUAAAAAACGUCUUGUCUCCAAUCUUACCUUGGGUGUUGGUAUCUCAUUCAGGGAUGAACACGAUGAGGUUGUUUCCUUGAAUCUUCGAAUGAACUCCGACACAGAAGACGGUCAGGCCACAGACCCCCUCUACCGGGUACCACUACCCCGGAACAAUCAGACAUGGACGGAAAGAAAUGUCGUCGCAGCAGACGACUUUCCCGCCCGCACCUUUGAGCAUCUUUAG